AAGAGGAGGAGUGGACAAGAGCGUGACAGGAGGAGAGACAGAGAGAAAGAGGACGUCUCUGUGAAUGCAAGCUGGGCUGCAAAGAUGACUGAUGCGAAAAGCGUAUCAUCCAUGGAGGUGCCAGAGGGGAAGUUAAUAAAGAAGGGUUCCAUCAAGAAGAAAAUUGAAUCAUUAAGGCGAUGGAGUUCAGCUAGUAUAAAGAGGCCACCAAAGCCUAAAGCCAAGACCUUGAGUCUGUCUUCUCCCGUGGGAGACCCCGAUGAUGUCUGGCUUCAAGAGGGAGACAGAAGAAAGCUGCGGCCCAUCGUGGACUCAGUCUUUGGACAGGACAGAGAUCUACGACCAGAGGAAAUGGAAGAGUUGCGUGAGGCAUUCAGGGAAUUUGACAAAGACAAGGAUGGCUUCAUCAGCUGUAAGGACCUGGGCGAGUGCAUGAGGACUAUGGGAUACAUGCCAACAGAGAUGGAGCUGAUAGAACUCAGCCAGCAGAUCUGUGGCGGCAGAGUGGACUUUGAAGACUUUGUGGAACUGAUGGGUCCCAAGAUGCUUGCUGAGACAGCAGACAUGAUUGGAGUCAAGGAGCUGAGGGACGCCUUCAAAGAGUUUGACUCUGAUGGGGAUGGUCAGAUCAGCCUUGGGGAGCUGAGGGAAGCCAUGAAGAAGCUCAUGGGUGAGCAGCUGAACCACCACGAGAUAGAUGAGAUCCUGCGGGACGUAGACCUCAAUGGGGACGGACAGGUAGACUUUGAAGAGUUUGUGCGAAUGAUGUCUCGCUGACUCCUCAGCAAACCUCACUCUACUGCACUAAUAUGGACCAGACUGCACACUGUUAAUGUUCUUGUAAUUCUUCUUGAUGUACAAAGACUUAUAGGUGUCUGUAGUUUUCAGUUUUGAGUUAAUUCCAUCAUCUCUUAAAUAUGAGAGAAUCCCUUCAAUGUGUUACUGUUGUAUGGAUGUGAUAUGUAUUUAACAUGUAAUGAAAGAUUAUAAAGUGAUGAAUCAGCAAGGAGAUUUAGAGGUUUAGAGAUAAAGAGGUUUAACCAAAGCUUCUCUUUAGAGGUGAAUUGAAAUAUGAACAAAUUUUAAUUGAUAUCCCAUAGCAUACCAUACUGUAGUGUAGAUAGUAGUGAUGCGUGGGUCAGGGUUUUUUAAAACCCGGACCAACCUGGCCUGCUGUGAGAGCCUACCUGCCUAGCCCAACCCAUAAACAUAUACAUUAAUCAAUGACCCAAACUGCAAACUUACAAACCGAACUUAAAGGUUUCUGCUAAUGACCUGCUAAUGGCUGUAUUGUAUGUAAUUUCCAGGAAAUGUCACAAUACAAAUCAUGUGUUUUUUCUUUUGAAAAGUACAAAUGACAGAAAGUCAGCAAGUAAUUAUCCAUCGUUUAAGUGGUUAUGUCUUAAGCCUGUGAUCUCAAGCACACAGCUGAUAACCUACGUGGUUUCUUUACAUGAGAGCAUAGCUAAUAUGUACAGUGUGGACAGAGAGAUGCUUGCUUAUUGGGACACAGUGUUAGGCCAAUAUAUUUGCAGAGGGAAAUAUUUUUAUCAGACAUUAUAACCAGAGUGAUUUACAGCUGCUGGACUUAAAUAGAUUUUCCUGUUCAAAAGCUGAAUAACGGAAAGCCUGAGAGCAAUGAAGCUGCUUGUUGUGUGAAGGCUGUUCUCAUAAACUGCUUUUCUCCAAAAAGUAAUGCACCCAAGUUUGUACAUAUCCCACACACUAUGAAAGGCUGCUAUCACAGGACCAGUGGGCUGAAACAAGGAAACAGGUCCGAUCAGUCUUGUAAGGGGGCAGGGGUUGGGGUGGUGGAUGGUUCAGAAAAACCUUGACUUUCCCCUGGGACUUUGCCCUGAAGAUGCAUAUUCAAAACUGUGUGAACUCUGAGUCAUUUUAAACAACAACCUCACCAUCUUUCUUUACCUAAACCUAAUCACAGUAACUUUACUUGCCUAAACCUAACCUCUGUAACUUUAUGUUAGUUACGUAACUGUAUGUUUAAGACAUAACGUAAUUUGUGGGGUGCUAAUUCAUCAGAUAUCAAUCAAACUAUUCUGAGGAUACGCUGUUGUGUGAGAGACAGCAAGAGAGGGAAGUUGGAUUAAUGCACAUUUUUUCUGUAGGUUACUUACUAAGAAUGCUGCUUUGUCACUUAGUGACCCUCCCGCCCAAAACCAGCAAUAUUUUCUACCAAGCUUCCCCAAAACGCCGGGCUGUGGGUCAACCUGCGCAUCACUAGUAGAUAACAGAAGUGAAAUGAGAUUGUAUAUACACCUUUAUUGAUAAAACUACAAGAUAAUUGUUUUUAUCAUUACAUUACAACACUUCUGAUAUAAUUCACCACUGCAGGAAAAUCAAAUUGUCAUUUUUAAUAACAUUUUUCUGAUACACAUUUGAGAAUAACAUAGUGUUAUUCAGUGAUUUUUGGUGUCUGUUACAUGUGUGCACAUUAUGUCCAUACCUGUUUCCCUAUUCAGGUGGAAAUGAAUUGACUGUCUAAAAGUGCAUGUUUAUUUUAUGCAAUCAUAUAUACGUGUUCAGUGUUUUAUUUGUACAGUGUUCAACAGGUCAGGUCUUUUUAUUGUAAAUAAACGAAAGUGAAUAACAGUGACAACACACUGUUUUACUGACC